UACCGUUCUCCAGGCUGCUGACUACUUCUCAAAACACCAAAAUGAGGUAUUUUAUUUUACUGCUGAGCUUGUCAGCAGUAUCAUGCGAUCCAUUUAAAACAGUAUUCUCUUGGAAGCAAGUUGACUAUAAUUUUCCAAACGAAUCAAUGCGCAAUGAUUACAAAACAUCUGGAGAUUAUAUCCAAGAACACAAUGUCCCGCUGGGAUUAAAUGUAUGGGGUGACAAGCUUUUCAUCACCGUACCGAGAUGGAAGAAAGGAGUACCGGCAAAUUUGAAUUACGUCAGUUUGAAGAAUGAUAAUAAAUCACCGUUGCUUAAUCCUUAUCCUGAUUGGGAGUCUAAUGACAUCCAUUCACCAGAUGCGCUCGUAAAUAUUCUCAGGGUCAGAAUUGAUGCUUGUGAUAGGCUGUGGGCUGUUGAUAGUGGUAUUGAUGAUAUUCUCGGUGAAUUUAAACCAGUACAGCCCAAGAAACUUAUUGCCAUUGAUUUAAAAACCAAUAAGAUUAUUUUGAGAUAUACCUUCAAAGAAACUGACAUUAAACCCGAUACGUUUUUUGCCGACACCGCGAUCGAUGUUGACCCCAAAAAUUGUGAUGACGCAUACGUUUAUAACUCGGAUUUGGGAGCUUAUGGACUCGUUGUCUACAGUCUAGCAAAAAAUGAUUCGUGGAGAAUAAAUCACAACUACUUCCACUUUGAUCCUCUGAAUGGCGAAUACAAUGUGAGUGGAAUAAAUUUCCAAUGGACCGACGGUCUGUUUGGACUGGCCUUGAGUCCUCCGAUGGAAGAUGGCUCCAAGACACUUUACUUCCAUCCCAUGUCAGGGAUCCAUGAGUUUUCGGUAUCGACAAAUAUCAUUAAGAAUCAAACCGCGUUAGCUGACCCGAAAUUCUGGACUCAUUUCCAUGUUGCUGGGAACAAAGGUCCUUACACCCAAGGAACCUCUUCAAUGUAUGACCUGGAAACAGGAAUUAUUUAUUUCACUCAAAUUAAUAAAAAUGCCGUCGCUUGCUGGGAUACCAAAAUGGAACUCAAUCCAGAUAAUUUCCGAAUCGUUGCGCAAGAUAAUGAAAAAUUGGUUUUCCCGAAUGACAUAAUAAUUGAACCAAAAACACGUAAAUUCUACUGUCUCUCGGAUAAUUUACCCGUAUUUCAAUACAGCGCUUAUGACGUGAAUCAAACAAAUUUCUACGUACAUGUUGCGUCGCUAGAAGAUUUGACAGCCGCCUGCAGAGCUGCGGCUGAAUAGCGAUAAAGUUUUUUUUUUCUACUUACAAUAAUAAUAAUUAAAAAUUAUAUUAAACAAGUCCUUGAGAAAAGCAUGCAAUAAUCAUUGUAAUUACUGAUAAUUACU